AUAGGGUGCACUUAAAUCAGUUUCCCUUUGGACAGCUUGUCGAACAGUUGUACUGAAAUAAUAAAUCGCGAUCGAAAUGUGGAAGAAAGUGACUUUCUGUGUGGUCCUUGUGGCCUUUCUGGGUGUUCAGUUUGCCGAUGCGCUGACCUGCUACAGCUGUAACACCGUCGCAGGAUGUCGCAACCCCUCGACCCAAACGUGCACCAAUGCCACGGCCAAUGCCAAUAGGGAGUAUCUGGCGACGAUUCACAGCGAUGUGCCUACUGUGAACGGCAGCUUGAGCUUCUUGUGCGCCAAUUCCACCUACUACUAUUCCCAGAACAAUUCUCACAACUCCGAGUUCCUGGGCUGCGUAUUCCCUGCCACGAAUAUCUGCACGCUGAAUUUGACCAACACAGCCAACCAGAAUAGCUGGAGCAGGCACUGCUCCACCUGCAACACCGACUACUGCAAUCCAGCGGGAACCUUCAGCGGCAGCACCUACACCAUCUUGGGAUCUGCUGUUGCCCUGCUCCUGGCUAAGAUCCUCAGUUAGGCUACCAAAACACAAAUUCCAGAUGUAAUUAUUUAAAUAAAAUAAUAUUUACCAAACCUUAAA